ACAGAUAACCCUACGCACGAGCACAAGCACCAACGACGGACGUGAGGGACGAUUCAUUUUAGUAUUAGUAAUCCAUUAAAAUAUACACAUUUUAUACAAUUCCUACGUGGAUAUGGCGGAGCAGGUAACCAAAACCAUAGGUCAACUCUCAGUGGGUAAGUAGAUAACAUGACUAGCUCGUGUUAUUUGCUAGCUAAUAUACAAUCAUUGUAGCUAUUGAAAUCAUGCGAUGUGUUGCAUCAGACCGGAGUUGCUAGCUAGCUUUCAUAGCACCAAUGAUGACAUUUAAAUAAAUCAUUGCAUAGCACAAGCUUAUCUUGACUGUCUAGUUAGCUAAAACAAGCUAGCUAAGUUUACUACGCAUCGGUGUGAGCUCUGUGCUUUUUUUUUGUUUUAGGGCUUUUUUCAUUUCUGUAAUCCCUGUAGCUAAGCAUAUGGUAAAAUGUCUGUGUCACGCUCCAGUUAUCUAGCCGACGACCUUAUCUUGCCUAACUAGCAUAAUCACUGUCAUGCCAUCAGAUCUCCAACUUUUGGGUGGGUGAAAUAGGCUACAUAGUGGGGUGUCGAAUACGGGAGUUUUCAUCAUGAAUGACCAUGAACAUGUCAAACUAGGUUUAGCUAGCUGAAAUAACAUACAUUCAAAAUCAAGUGUUGAGUGCUUUCACUUUUUCCAGGUGAGCUGUAUGUGUCUGACAAAGAGGGGGAUGACCAGGGUGGUGAUGGAACAACGCAGAAGCCUUUCAAGACCUCAUUGAGGGUAAGAGGAAUCAGUGUUGUGUACCCCUAUUUCUGCUUCAUUACGACGCCAUCCAACAGAACUGAUACGUCUAGGCGUUUUUGAAUCAAUCACAGUUAAGUUAAUUGCUAUAACAACAACUAUUUGAUUUCAAAGGCUUUGACAUUUGCUGGAAAGGAGCCAUUCCCAACCAUCUAUGUGGACUCUCAGAAGGAAGGAGAGGUACGCAGUUACAAGCAAUGAAAACUAAGUCGUUUGGUUUCACUUUCAUUUGGGUUCACUUUCAGAUUUUGUUUCCCUUAUUAUUCUAGCGUUGGGCAGUGAUCUCCAAGACGCAGAUGAAAAAUGUGAAGAAGUUAUUUGCUAAAGAGCAGACGAAGAGCGACUCUAUAGACAAAAAGGAGGUGCGUGGGAGAGGCGGCAGUGUGGGGAAAUAGUCAGAGGCUGCUGCAUCCCGAAUGGAACCCUAUUCCCUAUAUAGUGCACUACCUCUGGUCAAAAGUAGUGCACUAUAUAGGGGAUAGGAUGCCAUUUGGGAUGCUACCAUUUAUAAUUAUUCACGCAAUAUCGUCUUGGGCAAUAAAUAGUUGUGGCUAUCAGUGCAAUAUAUUCACAGGCAGCAGUAGCCUAUGUUAGCUGCAAUUUAUGUAAGUUAUUUUCAACUUUGAUUUAAAGGCAGAGGAUUCUGAGAGACGAGAGAAGAACCUGGAAGAAGCUAAGAAAAUCACCAUUGAGAAUGACUCAAGCCUUCCAGAGCCCAAAACGGUCAGAUCCACUAUAUUCUCUUUAGUCAAACUCAUCUUUUGUAUGUUUUGUACUGUUUAAAAACAACUCCUCAUCUUUGGAAAUAAGAAUAUCAUUUUUGUCUUCCUUUGUGUUGAAAUAUUGAAAUUGAAUCAACCCUUUCCCAACAGGUUAAAGUCUAUCAGCUGGAGCCUCUCCGGGGGGAGAGAGUGAAGGUGUUUGGCUGGGUGCACCGAAUGAGAAAACAAGGUGAGGAUUGUAGAACGUUUGGUUAAUGUGUGUCUGACCAGUUGUCAGUAUGCCACAACACUUUAACUAGUUUAUAACAUGCAAGUUUUUUUUUUUAACAGUUUACGCUCGUGAUUCCAAUGCAUGAUAGAAUCAAAACCACCCUCCGGGUUUCCUAUUUACUUUACAUGGUGCACUACAGCAGGGAUCAUCAACUAGAUUCAGCCGCGGGAGGAUUUCUUUCUUGAGCGAAUGGUCGGGGGCCGGAACAUAAUUACAAAUAAUCUGUAGACUGCAAAUUGAACGCAAGAAUCCCAAACAGAUAUAAUAUUUUACUAAAUAUUUAAAACCUUGCUUACAUUUGGAUACAGUCACGUCUCUAUUAUGCGUGCGAAUACUUAGAAACAGAUUUCCAAAAUUAAUGACUUGGAGCUGAUUUCCUGGUGUUUAUUACAGGCUUAUAUGUCCAACAAUGAAAAUUCCCCCCCCCCCACCCCGAAAACUAACUUGGGGGGCCAAAUAAAACCACUGGUCCAUCAGUUAGGGAACCCUGCACAACAUACUUAUUUUGAGUGCUUUGUGGGCAACUGGAUGAGAAGAGAGGGGCUUCAUGGCUCAUAGUGUGUUUAUUGUUAGCAUUAUUUAGUAUUUAUUUUACCAGGGAAGUUGACUGAGAACACAUUCUCAUUCUCUUGCUAGGAAAGAACCUGCUGUUCAUUGUGCUGAGAGAUGGAACUGGUUUCCUGCAGUGUGUUCUCAACAAUAAAUUGGUACUUCUUUAUUUUUUAGUAUUUAAAACACAUUUAUUCUAUUUUUUAUUUAUUUAUGGUCCCUCUAUUUUAAAAAAAUAAUGUUUUUUUAAUACUUUUUUGUUGUUGUCACCACUAUAGUGUCAGUGCUAUAAUGCCCUGGUGCUGUCCACUGAAAGCACAGUGGCUCUGUAUGGGACAGUGAAGCAAGUACCCGAGGGAAAGCAGGUACAGAUUCUUCAAUUACUUACAUACUUUAAUUGCCCAGAUUAAACCGUGAUAUUUUCCCUCAAACCUUAUUUUUAGACCAGGAAUAGGCCCAAUCUGGUUCUGGGAAAACUGUCCCUUUUAACUAUUAAUUUAAUUAAUGUAUUAGAUUGUUUGUUAUUUUAUUAUUAGAGCUAUGACUGACUAGGAUGUUCUCUCCCCUCCUCUCUCAUCUCGUCCUCUCCUCUCUUCCUCCUCUUUCUCCAGGCCCCAGGUGGUCAUGAGCUGCACUGUGACUUCUGGGAGCUGGUGGGCCUGGCCCCGGCUGGAGGAGCCGACAACCUGCUGAACGAGGAGUCUGAUGUGGACGUUCAGCUCAACAACAGACACAUGAUGAUCCGUGGGGAGAACGUGUCCAAGAUCCUCCGGAUCCGCUCCACUGUCACACAGUGCUUCAGGGAUCACUUCUUCAACCGCGGAUACCAUGAGGUACAGUAAGAGCGGAUACACUGUACAAACGUCCUCUGUUUGAGCUCUUUGAAGCAUAAAACCACAAAAAUAAAUUGAACACAUAAAUAAAACAUAGAAUAGUAAUAUACAGAUGCAGUCGAAUAUAUUUGUCACAUUUUACAUUUAAAUUUUUAGUCAUUUAGCAGACGCUCUUAUCCAGAGCGACUUACAUGAGCAAUUAGGGUUAAGUGCUUUGCUUAAGGGCACAUCGAGACUUUUUUUUAAAAUGUGGUACGACUAUAGUCGUAUAAAAACUGGAAGGAAACAUGAUAAGCUUUGAAUCUUGAAUUGUUGUAUAUUUUCACCCUUUUUCCAUGUAUGUCUACGCUUCUGUCUAAAUCUCUGUUUUUUUUUGUAUUUGGUUCUCCCACAGAUCACCCCACCCACCCUGGUGCAGACCCAGGUGGAGGGAGGUUCCACCCUGUUCAACCUGAACUACUUUGGGGAGGAGGCGUUCCUGACCCAGUCCUCUCAGCUCUACCUGGAGACCUGCAUCCCUGCCCUGGGAGACACCUUCUGUAUCGCACAGUCCUACCGCGCUGAGCAGUCCCGCACCCGCAGGCAUCUGUCUGAGUGAGUAGUGGAAUUGCUGUUGUUUUCCCUUCCUGUUUUCAAAUAGCAAAAACAUUACCUUAGGAAAUCCUCUAUUUUGUAUUUAACUUUUAUUGAUACGGGUUAGUUUCACUGACAUAAAACCUAUUUUUCAAGAGACACUUUCUAGUGUUUAACAUAACUACAUAGUAUAGGGCCCUCUGCCUCUAUGUGAUUACCUACAGAGGGAGGGAACAUAACCUAUGUGCCCUCCCUCCCUCUGUAGGGACACUCAUAUAGAGGCAGAGUGCCCUAUUAACCUAUGUGCCCUCCCUCUGUAGGGACACUCAUAUAGAGGCAGAGUGCCCUAAUAACCUAUGUGCCCUCCCUCUGUAGGGACACUCAUAUAGAGGCAGAGGGCCCUAUUAACCUAUGUGCCCUACCUCUGUAGGUACACUCAUAUAGAGGCAGAGUGCCCUAUUAACCUAUGUGCCCUCCCUCUAUAGGGACACUCAUAUAGAGGCAGAGGGCCCUAAUAACCUAUGUGCCCUCCCUCUGUAGGGACACUCAUAUAGAGGCAGAGGGCCCUAAUAACCUAUGUGCCCUCCCUCUAUAGGGACACUCAUAUAGAGGCAGAGUGCCCUAAUAACCUAUGUGCCCUCCCUCCCUCUGUAGGGACACUCAUAUAGAGGCAGAGGGCCCUAAUAACCUAUGUGCCCUCCCUCUGUAGGUACACUCAUAUAGAGGCAGAGUGCCCUAUUAACCUAUGUGCCCUCCCUCUGUAGGGACACUCAUAUAGAGGCAGAGUGCCCUAUUAACCUAUGUGCCCUACCUCUGUAGGGACACUCAUAUAGAGGCAGAGUGCCCUAUUAACCUAUGUGCCCUCCCUCUGUAGGGACACUCAUAUAGAGGCAGAGUGCCCUAAUAACCUAUGUGCCCUACCUCUGUAGGUACACUCAUAUAGAGGCAGAGUGCCCUAAUAACCUAUGUGCCCUCCCUCCCUCUGUAGGGACACUCAUAUAGAGGCAGAGUGCCCUAAUAACCUAUGUGCCCUACCUCUGUAGGGACACUCAUAUAGAGGCAGAGUGCCCUAUUAACCUAUGUGCCCUACCUCUAUAGGUACACUCAUAUAGAGGCAGAGUGCCCCUUCAUGACCUAUGAAGACCUUCUGAGCAGGCUGGAGGACCUGGUGUGUGAUGUGGUGGACAGAGUCCUGAAGUCUCCUGCUGCUCCUCUCCUCUACCAAGUCAACCCUGUACGUCUGAUGUUUCAUUGGCAGCUAUUAGUUCUCACUAUGUCUGUCUGGCCGUCUCACUUGCACGCUCUAUCUGUAUGUCUCUCUCUCUCUCUCUCUCUCUCUCUCUCUCUCUCUCUCUCUCUCUCUCUCUCUCUCCUCUCCUCUCCUCUUUCUCUCUCUCUCCCUCUCGCUCUCUGUAUCUCUCUCUCUCUCUGUAUCUCCCUCUCUCUCUGGAUCUCCCUCUCUCUCUGGAUCUCCCUCUCUCUCUGGAUCUCCCUCCCUCUCUGUAUCUCUCUCGCUCUCUGUAUCUCUCUCUCUGACCCUCUUUCUCUGACUCUGUCUCUGACUGGGUCUCUCUCUCUCGUAGUCUUGUUCACUGAAGUGGAUGUAUUCUUUAAGGGUUUUAUCGCAAAAUAAUGUUUCCUGUUUGAGAUUCAAGUUUCCUUGACCUUUUUUUGAGCUCAUUCAAAAUACCUCCUUCAAAUCCUUGUUUUGUGGUGAAAGGCUAAACAUGAGGAUACCACAGUACUAAUGUGGCCUGUCGCUUUCCUCUCCACCCACCCCAGGACUUCAAGCCCCCCAAGAGGCCCUUCAAGAGGAUGAACUACUCUGAUGCCAUCGUCUGGCUCAAGGAGCAUGACAUCAAAAAGGACGAUGGGACCUACUAUGAGUUUGGAGAGGUAUAUUUGACUAUGAAUAAAUGCCAUUUGAUAAAUGGUUUAGGGUCGGCAUAUACCGCAGUCAAUUAUAAUCACUCCCAUCUAAUCACUAUCUCCCUCAGAAAUAAUAUUUGGAUAGUGUCGAUCUGGACUACAUAUUACUUUCAAUGGAGAAUCUCUAUUGAACAUGCUAGUCCAUAACUUAAUCUGUGUCCAGAAAACUGACAUAAAGAGAAAAAAGGAAUGUUUAAAUCAAAUUAAAUCACAUUUUAUAGGUCACAUUCAUGUGUUUAGCAGAUGUUAUUGUGGGUGUAGCGAAAUGCUUGUGAUUCUAGCUCUGACAGUGCAGUAAUAUCUAACAAGUAACAUCUAACAAUUUCACAACAAAUCAAAAUUAAAACAAUUCAAAUUUUAUUUGCCACAUGUGCCGAAUACAACAUGUGUAGACAUUACCGUGAAAUGCUUACUUACAGCCCUUAACCAACAAUGCAUUUAUUUCUUAAUAAAAAAGUAAAAUAAAACGACAACAAAAAAGUGUUGAGAAAAAAAGAGCAGAAGUAAAAUAAAACAACAAUAGGGAGGCUAUACAGUGGGGAGAACAAGUAUUUGAUACACUGCCGAUUUUGCAGGUUUUCCUACUUACAAAGCAUGUAGAGGUCUGUAAUUUUUAUCAUAGGUACACUUCAACUGUGAGAGACGGAAUCUAAAACAAAGAUCCAGAAAAUCACAUUUGUAUGAUUUUUAAGUAAUUCAUUUGGAAUUUAUUGCAUGACAUAAGUAUUUGAUACAUCAGAAAAGCAGAACUUAAUAUUUGGUACAGAAACCUUUGUUUGCAAUUACAGAGAUCAUACGUCUCCUGUAGGUCUUGACCAGGUUUGCACACACUGCAGCAGGGAUUUGGCCCACUCCUCCAUACAGACCUUCUCCAGAUCCUUCAGGUUUCGGGGCUGUCGCUGGGCAAUACGGACUUUCAGCUCCCUCCAAAGAUUUUCUAUUGGGUUCAGGUCUGGAGACUGGCUAGGCCACUCCAGGACCUUGAGAUGCUUCUUACGGAGCCACUCCUUAGUUGCCCUGGCUGUGUGUUUCGGGUCGUUGUCAUGCUGGAAGACCCAGCCACGACCCAUCUUCAAGGCUCUUACUGAGGGAAGGAGGUUGUUGGCCAAGAUCUCGCGAUACAUGGCUCCAUCCAUCCUCCCCUCAAUACGGUGCAGUCGUCCUGUCCCCUUUGCAGAAAAGCAUCCCCAAAGAAUUAUGUUUCCACCUCCAUGCUUCACGGUUGGGAUGGUGUUCUUGGGGUUGUACUCAUCCUUCUUCUUCCUCCAAACACGGCGAGUGGAGUUUAGACCAAAAAGCUCUAUUUUUGUCUCAUCAGACCACAUGACCUUCUCCCAUUCCUCCUCUGGAUCAUCCAGAUGGUCAUUGGCAAACUUCAGACGGGCCUGGACAUGCGCUGGCUUGAGCAGGGGGACCUUGCGUGCGCUGCAGGAUUUUAAUCCAUGACGGCGUAGUGUGUUACUAAUGGUUUUCUUUGCGACUGUGGUCCCAGCUCUCUUCAGGUCAUUGACCAGGUCCUGCCGUGUAGUUCUGGGCUGAUCCCUCACCUUCCUCAUGAUCAUUGAUGCCCCACGAGGUGAGAUCUUGAUGCCCCAGACCGAGGGUUGAUUGACCGUCAUCUUGAACUUCUUCCAUUUUCUAAUAAUUGCGUCAACAGUUGUUGCCUUCUCACCAAGCUGCUUGCCUAUUGUCCUGUAGCCCAUCCCAGCUUUGUGCAGGUCUACAAUUGUAUCCCUGAUGUCCUUACACAGCUCUCUGGUCUUGGCCAUUGUGGAGAGGUUGGAGUCUGUUUGAUUGAGUGUGUGGACAGGUGUCUUUUAUACAGGUAACGAGUUCAAACAGGUGCAGUUAAUACAGGUAAUGAGUGGGGAACAGGAGGGCUUCUUAAAGAAAAACUAACAGGUCUGUGAGAGCCGGAAUUCUUGCUGGUUGGUAGGUGAUCAAAUACUUAUGUCAUGCAAUAAAAUGCAAAUGAAUUACUUAAAAAUCAUACAAAUGUGAUUUUCUGGAUCUUUGUUUUAGAUUCCGUCUCUCACAGUUGAAGUGUACCUAUGAUAAAAAUUACAGACCUCUACAUGCUUUGUAAGUAGGAAAACCUGCAAAAUCGGCAGUGUAUCAAAUACUUGUUCUCCCCACUGUAUAUACAGGGGGGGUACCGGUGCAGAGUCAAUGUGCGGGGGCACCGGCUAGUUGAGGUAACAUAUACCCAAUACACACAAAUCUAAGUAAGAAAAUAUACAUAUAUGGACGAGCGAUGUCAGAGCAGCAUGGACUAAGAUACAGUAGAAUAUUCUAGAAUACAGUAUAUACAUAUGAGAUGAGUAGUGCAAGAUAUGUAAACAUUAUUAAAGUGACUAGUGUUCCAUUUCUUAAAGUGGCCAGUGAUUUCAAUAGGCAGCAGCAGCCUCUACUGUGCUAGUGAUGGCUAUUUAACAGUCUGAUGGCCUUGAGAUAGAAGCUGUUUUUCAUUCUCUCGGUCCCAGCUUUGAUGCACCUGUACUGACCUCGCCUUCUGGAUGAUAGCGGGGUGAACAGGCAGUGGCUCGGGUGGUUGAUGUCCUUAAUGAUAUUUUUGGCCUUCCUGUGACAUCGGGUGCUGUAGGUGCCCUGGAGGGAGGGUAGUUUGCCCCCGGUAAUGCGUUCGGCAGACCGCACCACCCUCUGGAGAGCCCUGCGGUUGCGGGCGGUGCAGUUGCCGUACCAGGCGGUGAUACAGCCCGACAGGAUGCUCUCAAUUGUGCAUCUGUAAAAGUUUGUGAGGGUUUUAGGUGCAAAGCCACAUUUCUUCAGCCUCCUGAGGUUGAAGAGGCUCUGUUGCGCCUUCUUCACCACACUGUCUGUGUGGGUGGACCAUUUCAGUUUGUCAGUGAUGUGUACGCCAAGGAACUUGAAGCUUUCCACCUUCUCCAUCGAUGUAUUGUUCAGUGGACCUUCUCUUUGUCCAGCUCCUGUUGUUAUUGUGGCUGUGCGUUAUGAAACCCUCUCCCUCCUGUGUUUCAGGAUAUCCCAGAGGCGCCAGAGAGGCUGAUGACUGAUGCCAUCGGUGAGACCAUCCUGCUGUGUCGCUUCCCUGCUGAGAUCAAAUCCUUCUACAUGCAGCGCUGUCCUGAGGACCGACGCCUCACUGAGUCGGUGAGUCCCUGACCAAGAAAACAUCACGGAAACCAUGACCGGAAAAACCACACCUCAGAGAAGCCAUCAUGACCCUUACCAGGGCCUCAUUCAAAAAAAAAUUCUGAUCAGUUUAGUCUUUUCGAUCAUAAUGAAUAAGAAUGUGGACAGUGGGGAGCUGAUUCUGAGAGGCUUUUUGGAUAUUUUCCCUGAAAGACAUCCUCAUUGUAGUCCCUGAUGCUCCUCUCCCCAGUGAAAUAACUCAUCCUCAUUGUAGUCCCUGCUGCUCCUCUCCCCAGUGAAAUAACUCAUCCUCAUUGUAGUCCCUGAUGCUCCUCUCCCCAGUGAAAUAACUCAUCCUCAUUGUAGUCCCUGCUGCUCCUCUCCCCAGGUGGAUGUGCUGAUGCCUAACGUUGGAGAGAUCGUAGGAGGGUCUAUGAGGAUCUGGGAUGCUGAGGAGCUGCUGGAGGGAUACAAGAGGGAAGGCAUUGACCCAACCCCUUACUACUGGUACACUGACCAGGUAUGUAGAUCUACCCAACCCUCUAAUACUGGUACACGGACCAGGUAUGUAGAUCUACCCAACCCCGUACUACUGGUACACUGACCAGGUAUGUAGAUCUACCCAACCCCUUACUACUGGUACACAGGACCAGGUAUGUACAUCUACCCAACCCCUUACUACUGGUACACUGACCAGGUAUGUACAUCUACCCAACCGCUUACUACUGGUACACUGACCAGGUAUGUAGAUCUACCCAACCCCUUACUACUGGUACACGGACCAGGUAUGUAGAUCUACCCAACCCCUUACUACUGGUACACUGACCAGGUAUGUAGAUCUACCCAACCCCUUACUACUGGUACACGGACCAGGUAUGUACAUCUACCCAACCCCUUACUACUGGUACACGGACCAGGUAUGUACAUCUACCCAACCCCUUACUACUGGUACACUGACCAGGUAUGUACAUCUACCCAACCCCUUACUACUGGUACACUGACCAGGUAUGUACAUCUACCCAACCCUCUAAUACUGGUACACGGACCAGGUAUGUAGAUCUACCCAACCCCUUACUACUGGUACACGGACCAGGUAUGUAGAUCUACCCAACCUUCUAAUACUGGUACACGGACCAGGUAUGUAGAUCUACCCAACCCUCUAAUACUGGUACACUGACCAGGUAUGUAGAUCUACCCAACCCCUUACUACUGGUACACGGACCAGGUAUGUAGAUCUACCCAACCCCUUACUACUGGUACACGGACCAGGUAUGUAGAUCUACCCAACCCUCUAAUACUGGUACACGGACCAGGUAUGUAGAUCUACCCAACCCUCUAAUACUGGUACACGGACCAGGUAUGUAGAUCUACCCAACCCUCUAAUACUGGUACACUGACCAGGUAUGUAGAUCUACCCAACCCCUUACUACUGGUACACUGACCAGGUAUGUAGAUCUACCCAACCCUCUAAUACUGGUACACGGACCAGGUAUGUAGAUCUACCCAACCCCUUACUACUGGUACACGGACCAGGUAUGUAGAUCUACCCAACCCCUUACUACUGGUACACGGACCAGGUAUGUAGAUCUACCCAACCCCUUACUACUGGUACACGGACCAGGUAUGUAGAUCUGUAGAUCUUAUUAAUGUAAGCAAUAAUACACAAGGGGGCGUGCUUCAUUGCGAUUUUAGUAUGGCUGCUGGGGUCAUAGGUUAGACACCCUAGCGUUUCCGGAACUAAGUGUUUUAUGAAAAGAAAUAGAGAAUCUGUUAGUAGAUUUUUUUGAUUGUGUGUUGCCUUAAUAAUGCCAACGUUGUGUCUUCCAGAGGAAGUAUGGGACCUGUCCCCAUGGUGGCUACGGGCUGGGCCUGGAGAGGUUCCUGACCUGGCUGCUGAACAGACACCACAUCAGAGACGUGUGCCUCUACCCCCGCUUCAUCCAGCGCUGCCGACCCUAAACUACCAACUAACCACCCUGCUCCCUGCAUUUCAAGAGACCAAGGCUGCAUCCCAAAUGGCUACCUAUUUCUGACCAGAGCGCUAUCCCUGUAUAACCAGAAGUAAUCAUCCUAAUGCACUGCAAGGUGGCCAACAUACGAGGCUUGAGAACUAAGAUCACUUAAUUACGUUCAGGAAACGACAGUAACAAAUCUCUGCAAAUGUAAGAUUUGAAAUGUGUUUUCAGUUGUGAAAUUCAUGCUGUUCAGCAAAUACUAUUUUGUCUGCCAAUAAAUGUAUACUGUAUGUG